AUCUAUCGCAUAUUCUUCUUCUAAAAUCAACGCGCAAACACACCGUCUCUCCCUUCCUCCCUGUGGUCUAAACAGCAGCUAGCGAUCAAAUUGAAUCCCGUUGAAGGAACACAAUAAAAUGGUGAAGAUCUGCUGCAUUGGAGCUGGGUAUGUUGGGGGGCCAACUAUGGCUGUCAUAGCCCUCAAAUGUCCCGAUAUCGAAGUCGCCGUGGUUGAUAUUUCUGUGCCUCGUAUCACAGCAUGGAAUAGCGACCAGCUCCCCAUCUACGAGCCAGGCCUUGAAGACGUCGUGAAGCAAUGCAGAGGCAAGAACCUCUUCUUCAGCACAGAUGUGGAGAGGCACGUAUACGAGGCCGAUAUAGUCUUUGUUUCGGUCAAUACCCCAACCAAGACUCGAGGUCUUGGUGCUGGAAAAGCUGCAGAUCUAACAUACUGGGAAAGUGCUGCUCGUAUGAUCGCUGAUGUUUCCAAAUCAGAUAAAAUUGUAGUUGAGAAAUCAACCGUCCCUGUUAAAACAGCCGAGGCGAUUGAAAAGAUUCUGACCCAUAACAGCAACGGAAUUAACUUCCAGAUUCUUUCCAACCCAGAAUUUCUCGCCGAGGGAACUGCUAUCGAAGAUCUUUUCAAACCCGAUCGAGUCCUCAUUGGUGGCCGGGAAACCCCAGAAGGCCAAAAAGCAAUCAAAACAUUGAAGGAUGUUUACGCUCAUUGGGUCCCGGAAGAAAACAUCAUCACGACCAAUCUAUGGUCUGCUGAGCUCUCGAAACUUGCUGCCAAUGCCUUCUUGGCACAGAGAAUCUCUUCCGUUAAUGCGAUGUCAGCUCUCUGCGAAGCAACCGGUGCAAAUGUUAGUGAGGUUUCAUAUGCCGUUGGUAAGGACACGAGAAUCGGUCCAAAGUUCUUAAAUUCCAGUGUCGGAUUUGGCGGUUCUUGCUUCCAGAAAGACAUUCUGAACUUGGUCUACAUCUGCGAAUGCAACGGCCUCCCUGAAGUAGCAGAAUACUGGAGACAAGUCAUCAAGAUCAACGACUACCAAAAAUCCCGUUUUGUAAACCGUGUUGUAGCUUCAAUGUUCAACACUGUUUCAAACAAGAAGAUCGCCAUCCUUGGUUUCGCCUUCAAGAAAGACACAGGCGAUACCCGAGAAACCCCAGCCAUCGACGUUUGCAAGGGUUUGUUGGGUGAUAAGGCCCGUUUAAGCAUCUACGAUCCACAAGUCACCGAAGAUCAGAUCCAACGAGAUCUUUCUAUGAACAAAUUCGAUUGGGACCAUCCUCUACACCUUCAACCAAUGAGCCCGACAACCGUGAAACAAGUGAGCGUUGUUUGGGACGCUUAUGCAGCCGCCAAGGACUCCCAUGCGGUUUGUAUCCUAACCGAGUGGAACGAGUUUAAAACCUUGGAUUUCCAAAGGAUAUACGACAACAUGCAGAAACCCGCGUUUGUGUUCGAUGGAAGGAACGUUGUCGAUAUCGAAAAACUACGGGAGAUCGGUUUCAUCGUUUACUCGAUCGGGAAACCCUUGGAUGGUUGGCUCAAGGACAUGCCUGCUGUGGCCUAAAUCAUCAAUAUCAUCUAAUUGGUAACACACUUGCUCUACUUGAUUCAUUGCUUUCUUACUAUACUAUUACUAGCUACUAUGAUUUGGGUCACAUUCCCUUUGCAUUUGAUCUUUUAUUAUACAUUCUAUUCAAACAAAUGGUUCCUAAGAUAGUGUUAGGAAUUCCAAAAAGCAAUUGCAUUAUUAGGUAUCUUCUAUGUAUCCAUGGGAUCUUGUUGAUGUUAUCUUUUACCAAAAAUAGAAAUAAAUAAACAGUUUUUCUUUUUUCUUUU